AUGUCCGCAAUCCAAGAACAAGUCCAGUCCCUGCCCGAGCAGCAGCCAUCUCAAGUCUCCCAGGUCCUCCAGGAAGUGGCUCCUCAGUCCAAGCCUGUGAAGGAGAAGAAGGCCAAGAAGCAUGCAUCCGAGCAUGCUUAUCCUCUCGAGGUCUCCCCGGUCCCUGAGUAUGUGGCCCACCGUAUCGCCAUGUUUGACGAAUUGAAGAAGAAAGCUGACCAGGUCGAUGCAGCCCAGCCAAGGCUGCCCAUCUCGAUCAAGAUGCCCGACGGCUCCCUCCGCGACGGGAUCGCCUACGAGACGUCCCCCCUCUCCAUCGCCCUCUCCAUCUCCAAAUCCCUCGCUGAAAAGGUUGUCAUUGCAAAAGUCGACAACGUCCUCUGGGAUCUCGCUCGCCCUUUGGUCCAAUCCUGCUCUUUGGUCCUUUUGGAUUUCGAGAACGAGGAGGGCAAGGCGGUGUUUUGGCAUUCGUCGGCUCAUGUGUUGGGUGAGGCUUGUGAGAAGCAUUAUGGGUGCCAUUUUUGUGUCGGCCCUCCUAUUGAGGAUGGGUUUUAUUAUGAGAUGUCUAUGAAAGACGAGCGCCUUGUCUCCCAGAAUGAUUAUGAAAGUCUGGAGACGGUUGCCAAGAAUGUGAUCAAGGAGAAGCAGCCCUUUGAGCGCCUCGAAAUCAGCAAGGAGGACCUCUUGGAGAUGUUCAAGCACAAUGAGUUCAAGCUAAAAUUGAUCGAGUCCAAGAUCCCGGACAACACGUCGUCGACGGUCUACCGCUGUGGCCCCCUGAUCGACCUCUGCCGUGGCCCCCACAUCCCCCACACGGGCCGGAUCAAAUCCUUUGCGGUCCUCAAGAAUUCGGCCUCUUACUUCCUCGGCGACGCCAAAAACGCAUCCCUCCAACGCGUCUACGGUAUCUCCUUCCCGGACCCCAAACAAAUGGCUGACCACCGCAAGUUCCUUGAAGAAGCCGCGAAACGAGAUCAUCGCCGAAUCGGUCGGGAACAGGAGCUGUUCUUCUUCCAUGAGCUGUCUCCCGGAUCGUGCUUUUUCCUCCCUCACGGCGCGAGGAUUUAUAAUACGUUGAUGGGGUUUAUUAAGAGCGAGUACCAUAAGCGCGGGUACACGGAGGUCAUGUCGCCCAACAUGUUUAACGUCAAGCUCUGGAAGACGUCGGGUCAUUAUGAGAACUACAAGGACGAGAUGUUUAUGAUCGACGUCGAGAAGGAACAAUUCGGUCUCAAGCCCAUGAACUGCCCAGGCCACUGCCUCAUGUUCGACGUCCGCGAGCGGUCCUAUCGUGAACUGCCCCUCCGGUUUGCCGACUUUGGAGUCCUCCACCGGAAUGAAGCUUCGGGAGCGCUUUCUGGAUUGACGAGAGUGAGGCGGUUCCAACAGGACGAUGCCCAUUUGUUUUGUCGGUUGGAUCAAGUCGGGGAGGAGAUUGAUGCCACGUUGGAUUUCUUGCAGCAUGUUUAUGGGAUCUUUGGGUUUGAAUUCUCGCUGGCACUUUCGACGCGCCCAGAGAAGUUCCUUGGCAAGAUCGAGGAGUGGGAUAUUGCCGAGCAGCAUUUGACGGAUGCAUUGAACAGAUUCGGACGUCCAUGGUCAAUCAACCCCCAAGACGGCGCAUUCUACGGUCCCAAGAUCGACAUCCUCAUCCGAGACUCCCUCCGCCGCAACCACCAAUGCGCCACGCUCCAACUGGAUUUCCAACUCCCCGAACGCUUCAACCUCCAAUACCGGAACAACGGCAGCAGCAGCAGCAGCAGCAGUGACCACCACGGCUCGGACUUUUCGCGACCGAUCAUCAUCCACCGAGCCAUGCUGGGCUCCCUCGAACGCAUGAUCGCCAUCCUGACAGAAAACUGUGCCGGCCGCUGGGAUUUCUGGCUCUCCCCGCGUCAGAUCCAAAUCAUCCCUGUGGCUCCACAGUGGGUUGGGGAGUCUAAGGCUAAGGGCAGUCGUUUGUAG